CCUGUUCUUUGAUCUUAUAGCUACAACAAUAUUGCAUUUUUCAGUUUUUCCUUGCCACAGCAGAGCUAAGAAGUUCAUGAUUUCUGAGGCCAGGAGUGUAGAAAACAGCAAAAGUUUGAAAGUUUGAUACUGAAAACAAGAGUUAGCUGUACUGUAACAUAUAUACAGAGUACAAAGGAACAGGUGUCAAAACGUUCAGCAUUUCUUGCAAUUCAUCCAAAUUUAGACCUAGGGCUAAAUAUAAACGACAAGAGCAGAGGAUGGAUGGUUACACUUACAUAUCUGCUGGCAGUCUCUAGCAGCAGAAGUAUGGCAGGAAGGCUCUCCUUUUUGCCAGAAGUAUUAGUAAUAUUUACACUGGUAAAUUAAUUAUACAUUUUAAUCAAAAUCAGGUUAAAUUAAAAAAAAAAAUCAGAAAAAAUGUUGACUUUAAGAACAUAUGUUACACCUAAUCCUGAACAAGCAAGACGUGGCCUUUUGACCACUUCUGAUGUUCUUUAGCUCUCACUUCCUGCGUAUCCCACCGUACCACACACUGCAAUGGGUGAGCUCCCGUGUGCUGCCGUGAUGGCAAACCAAGGCCGGAGGAUCCCUGCGCGGCAUCGCCUGGCGGCUUUCAGUGCCUUCCCUGGUGGUGCCAGUUCCUUUCUCGACCACUGUGACAUCCGUGUCUCGCUGCCCAGAGGACGGCGCCAGCACGGCGUUGGGGGUCCGUGUUCACAGCCCCUCUCCAUGGUCACACGGGCGAGGGAGCCGCCAGCGGAGUGCCCGGGCCCCGCCGGGCUCCGCCGGGCCCCGCCGGGCUCCGCCGGGCCCCGCUCCCGACCCGCACCCGUCCCGCUCGGUCCGUACCGCCGGCCCUGCCAGCUGUGCGCAACACACGGGAAAACAUCUCUCGCUUCCGCCAGUGAAACCCGCAAUGUGGCAACCAGGCUGGAGCAAUAACCAGUCAUGGAAAGAAAAAUCUGAUUUGCAUCUGGGGCCGGGGCCUGACGUCAGGCGGAGCAGGAAGCAGCGCUGGGAGCCUGCCGGGGAUCGCCGGCAGUGUCGCGGGCUCCUUCCCCGGCGGCGAGCUCGCCUGCCGCGCUGGGACAGGCUGCGAGGGCAGCCCUGAAGCGAGGAGGAAGCUCCGGGGAGGAGGGAAGCGGGCGGUGAGUGCAGCCGCCGCGGGGCCCGGGCAGCGCGCAGCAUGCGGAGCCGCUGCUGACGGCCGCGCCGGGGACCAAGGGCUGUGCGGGCAGGGAGCGCGGAGCCAUGGCCCUGCAGCCGCCGCCGCUCGCCCUCCGAGCGGGCUCGGCCCCGCCGCUCUACAUCCACAGCAUGCCCGCCUGGGUGCUGGAGGACUUCUGCCAGAAGAUGGACUGCUUGAGCGACUACGACUGGAUGCGAUUCGCCUCCUAUGUGAUCACUGAUCAAACAGAGCUACGGAAAAUCAAGUGCAUGGAGAAGACAGGGAUCAGCAUCACGAGGGAGCUGAUGUGGUGGUGGGGAGUGAGGCUGGCGACAGUGCAGCAGCUCCUGGACCUGCUGCAAGGGCUGCAGCUUUACCGAGUGGCUCAGGUCAUCCUGGACUGGACAUCGGCCUCUAACAUCACCAGCACUGAGAAAGAAGAGCCAGAGCCACCCAAACAGAUCAUAUCUGUACCUCCCACAGGAGGCAAAAGCAGAGAGAAAGAAAAUGCGCUAAGUUUGUUGCCAUCUCCAGACUCCUCACACCUGGGAGCAGUCCCGGCAGGCAUUUCAGGUGCUGUUUCUGAAGGAGCCUUGUAUUCCCUCCCUGCUCCACCACCUCCCCCGAGAGACCUUUUGAAUUCCCUACAGUCCAAUCCUCCUGUUUUAUCAAGUGUGAAGCCUUGCAGCUCUUCUACUCCUCAGCAGGAGACGAUGGGUGAUCUCCCUAGCGGGAGCCUUCUGUGGACCCAGAGGGAAAUUGCUAAUGCCACAAACAGUUUCAGUGACAAGAACAGAAUCUGUGAAGGUACUUUUGCAGACGUCUACAAAGGUCAGAGGAACAACAUGGUGUUUGUCAUCAAGAGACUCAAAGAGCUCGAGUGCACAAGCCCAAAUUCCACGCAGAGGUUCUUUCAUACAGAAGUGCAGAUUUGCUUUCGGUGUUGUCACAUAAACAUUCUGCAGCUGCUGGGCUUCUCGGUGGAAACUGGAUUGCACUGUCUGAUAUAUCCGUACUUGCCCAAUGGCUCCCUGCAAAACAAGCUUCACUGCCACAAUGAUUCUGCUCCACUGACCUGGGAGAUGCGAAUUAGCAUUUCUAUAGGAGUUGUCAGAGCAGUGGAGUAUUUGCAUAAUUUUGGAAUUCUUCAUGGGAAUAUCAAGAGCUCCAAUGUCUUGUUGGAUGAAAACUUUACACCAAAGCUUGGACAUUCUGGCCUGCGAUUGCAUUCUUCUGAUAAAAAAUCAGAAUAUGCCAUGAUGAAAACCAAAGUCCUGCAAGCUUCUCUUACUUACCUGCCAGAAGAUUUUGUCAGACAUGGGCAGUUAACAGAAAAAGUGGAUAUAUUCAGCUGUGGUGUGGUCUUAGCAGAGGUACUGACUGGGAUUAAGGCACUGGAUGAAGACAGACACCCAAUUUACCUGAAAGAUAUGAUUGCCGAUGAAAUUCAAACAGCAAAGGAAAGCUCACAAUCCAAAGCAAAAAAUCUGGAAAAACUGGCUGCCAAGGAAAUCUGCUGCAAAUACCUAGACAGAAAAGCAGGGCACCUGCUGGAAGAGGUGGCUGUUGAUUUUGCAUCAGCCAUCUGCCUUUGUCUGAGAAAAAAGAAUUCGAACAUAGCAGAGGUACUUGAAAUUAUGGAAAUGGCUGAAAACAAAUUAAAAGAGCAUUACAUCUAUGGAAGCAGCACUUCUGGAUUCUCCAUGAACACUCCAGAGGAAACUGAUGAUGACACAGCCAGUCUGAGCGUGGAUGGGCCUUGUGCAGAGGGGAAUAAAGAGGAGAGAGCCCAGGCAGCAGUUCUGACCAGCAGCAGCCCCUGUGUGCCUUCCGUGGGGGCCGUGGCACCCGACACGUACGGAGGAUACGUGUCACGGGUCCCGUGUGAGUCAGAUGAGUCCAGCAGUUUCAUGUGGAAUCCUCCAGAAAAAUCCACAGAGGAGUUACCGAGCCACAGCUGUACCAAUUCAGAAAAAGUGGCAGCCUGUGAUUACAGGAUCAAGCAGGGAAAGCCUGCCCACGGACUGCAGCAGAGAAGCGUGGCGAGCGCCAGGGGCGAUGGCAUCCCAGAGACAGCAGCUGCUGCCCAGGGCACCUGUCCACAGGGAGACACAGACCUGCACUCUUCAUGUGCUCCACAAGCCUUAGCCAGAGAGACAUCUUGGAAAAUACAGAUAAAUGAUCAAAAAAAGAAGCUCAUGGAAAAUAUUUUGCUGUAUGAAGAAGACAAAUUAAACAGUUCUGAACUUUUUGAAUGAUAAAUUGGAUGGAUUUAUUAGCAGUGGCCAGCUAAGAGGAAGAAAUAAGGACUGUUUCCUCAUUAGAAAGACGGUAAAAGUGUACCUUUCAUGUAAGAUUAGGUAGCAGAUUUGGAUCAGGAACAUUAGCCCUGACUGAAGGAAACAAGUGCCACAUGGAGAAGCACUAGAAAAUGCCUGCUCUAUAGCAGAUUAAAGCACAAUCCCAUACUGUACACAGAAAUGCCUUCUGCCUUUUGACCCGCAAUGUGGAAAGGAAGGGCAAACACAAGUGCCAAAAGAAGUUAUGAUUCACUUGCAGUGUGUUUCAGGAAGCAUCUGUUGGUCUCACUAAACCCCAGUGGCAGGAGUUACAGAGCAAAUGCUGACCAGGGGCCAGCAGCAAUGCCCUGUGAUGUUUGGCCACUGCGCACAGCAGACAGGGAUCCUCAGAGUCACUGGGGCUUUUCCAGUGGCUCUCUCCUAUUCCAUAUAAUCUUAGUCCACAUAUUAAAACCACUGCAGUACCAGAGAGGGGGAUUUUUAUGCAAAUUCUCAGAAUGUUGUGCAUGGCUUCUUCUCGGUUUGAGCUGCACUGACCACAGGUGUGAGUAAAUCAUUUCAGCCACUUUCCUCUGCUCUCUGAGCUUCUCUCCCACCUACACAUGUGGCACCACUUCAGUCCAAUCUUUCAGUUCACUUCUGGGAGCUCUAAGGCCGUGUUUAAUACUUCAUAGGAGUACUUCUGGGACUUGUUUGUUUCUAAGUGUCCUUUACAUGGUGAUGUUUCUCAUUGUGCUUCACACAGUAACUGUUGUAUAUUUUGGAUUAGGGAAAAUAUUUUAAUUUAAAAUAGCUUUGAUUUUUUUGUAGGACACUUGAGACAUAAUUUGUUAUAUUUAUUUUGGCAAUGGGUCAAAUAUAAGCUAAUAAAGGGACUAAUUGAUGGUUCCACACUCACCAGGCAUUCUCAGAGGAACCCUUGUGGGUGUCCCUUGGUUCACCCAGCAGUAGGAGCCUUGGUCCCAGGCCCAGGGAUCACAUGCAAAAGAAAAAUUAGAAACAUGUAUGCUGUGUAUUUAUGAUCAAGUGAAAGACCCCUUAAGAAAGUAUCACUUUUGGUUUUAUGAUGUUUAUUAUUUGUACUAUUGCUAGCAUAUUUCACUUUGUGCAGUCUAGGGAAAAUCAGGUUUAUUAUGAACCAAAAGAAUUAUCAGAGUAUGUAGCUCAGCUUCCAGACAGGUGAGCUGCCUCCUGAACACAGGGAACAGGGCCUGAUGUGCAUAGAUGGCUGCAACUCUCAGUGCAGUUCGGGGAACAAAAAUGAAAUUAAUUAUAUGUAAUGAUUUUCAGUGGAAUUGUGUAUCAGUAUAUAUUCCUAGCUUUAUACAAAGGCCUCACGCCUAUUUUUGUACAGUACCUGGUUCAUUGUAUGUAUUAUUAUGAGCAAGUAAAAGUAUUUUAACUAAAACCUGAGUACUGGAAUUACCUACACAUUUCUCAAGUUAUUCUCUACACUAAAAACUGGUAAAAUUCCUUAAUUAUAAGUGCCUUGGAUACUGUCUUUGUAUUUACUGGGGUUUUUUAUUAUUAUUUUACCAGAAUCAAACCAAGAUAAGAUUAGUACUGACAUAAGAAACAUUGUAGACUCGUUGUUGGUCAAUGACUGCUUAAUUCUACAGGAGAUUUAAUUGAGGUAUUUUAGGGUGCUGAAAAUAUAAUAUUCAUUGUUUUUCACGGGUAUAUUCUGGGAAACCCAUGAUAAAAUCCUCGUGUCUUCUCCAGAGAGGAAUGCAGAGCUGAAUGGGAAAUUCGAGUUUUAAACUGAGAAAUGUAGUUUGUGCACAGUUCUGUUUACAAAAGUCCUUUAGAAGUUUUGUUCUCCUGUAAUCACCAAAUGGAAUUGUUAUUGUUUGUUUUGUACUCUAAUAGUUUUGAAAUAUUCUGAGGUGAUUUAGGUAGUCAUACAGAGUUACCUAAAUAUCUAGCAUAACAUACAUAAGACACUGUGUGGUCUUACAUUAACACUGUUAUGUAACUUGGCAGUUCAGAACUCUGUUUAUGAAUUACCAUUUACUAAUAGCUUUGUGAAUAAAAAAACUGGAAAAAUCA